AUGCCUGUGCUCAAGGCCGCGGCAACGAGUGCCAUGGAACCAAAAGUUGCAAAUGCCCGGAAGCCAUCGGAGGAACAAGCACUCGCGAGGAUGGCCCAGAAGACCGCCGAGGUGAGAGCAGCGAGGGCAGAAAGAGAGAAGACGACGACAACAACGGCCACGACCACGACCACGACGAAGAUGGAGGAAGAGCAGGCCACCGCCACAUCUCCCAGUCGUCCUGCUCCACCUCCACGACGGUCCUCACUGGCCUCGACCCGCUCCAAGGAGAGGGCCACCGAGAAGAAAUCAACGCCGCCGCCCCCCAGCCGACGCGUCCGUUUCCUCCUCCCCUCGAUGCCCAUCGAGAUUCCUGCCAACGAGGGACCACCCCCUCCUGUCGGCUUCAGAAAGCAUCGAUCACGCCGUGGCAGAAACGGCUCGCCGAGAGACCCCGGUCGUUCUGACCGGUUUGGAGAGGUAUUUGCACCCUCGUCCUGUCGCGCUCCAUCCUUCUUCGUGCUCAAGAUAGACCCCAAGUUCUAA